GAUUAUGAAACUAUCCCUGCAUGAAGUUAUGAACCAGUCUAUUAAAGCAUAUGCAGAAUCUCCAAGAAAAAAAUGGGUUCUUCAGUGGCCUGGACAAGUUGUUUUAGCAUCAAGCAUGGUCCAUUGGACAACAGGGGUCUUGAAGGCUUUUGAUCAGAAAAGGGGACUGCAAAACUUUGUGAAACAAUGCAGUCAGCAAAUUGAUGAAAUUGUCGGUCUAGUCAGAGGAAGGUUAACAAAAAUGGAACGAAUAACACUGGGUGCUCUGAUUACCAUCGAUGUCCAUGCUCGAGAUGUUGUUUUCAAUUUAAAUAAUCGUGGAAUUACAAACUGUUCAGAUUUUGGCUGGAUUUCACAAAUGAGAUAUUACUGGGAGGAAAACAAUGUUGUAGUUAGAAUGGUUACCACAACAGUAACUUAUGGAUAUGAAUAUUUAGGCAAUGCUGGAAGACUUGUCCUUACACCUCUGACUGAUCGUUGUUUCAGAACUCUAAUGGGAGCUUUGCAGCUAAACCUAGGAGGGGCUCCAGAGGGGCCAGCGGGAACAGGAAAAACAGAGACCUGCAAAGAUUUGGCAAGAGCAGUUGCAAAACAGUGUGUUGUUUUUAACUGCUCUGAUGGACUAGACUAUAAAGCCAUGGGGAAAUUCUUCAAAGGUCUGGCACAGUCUGGAGCUUGGGCAUGCUUUGAUGAAUUUAAUCGUAUUGAGCUGGAGGUGCUUUCUGUAGUUGCCCAGCAAAUUCAGACAAUUCAGCGUGCUAUAUCUGAGCAAGUGAAAACCUUUGUCUUUGAAGGUACUGAAAUAUGUUUGGACUCAUCAUGCGCAGUAUUUAUUACUAUGAAUCCUGGGUAUGCAGGAAGAGCAGAACUGCCAGAUAACUUAAAGGUUCUGUUUCGGACUGUUGCUAUGAUGGUGCCAGAUUAUACUUUAAUUGCUGAGAUUUCUCUGUAUUCCAUGGGUUUUGUCGCAGCACGCAGCCUUGCUGCUAAAAUUGUAGCUACAUACAGAUUAUGUUCUGAGCAGCUCUCUUCCCAGCAUCACUAUGACUAUGGAAUGAGGGCAGUUAAAUCCGUGUUAACAGCUGCUGGAAACCUGAAGGUUAAAUUCCCAGAUGAAAAGGAGGAUGUGCUGAUGCUUCGAUCAAUACGUGACGUUAAUCUGCCCAAGUUUUUGUCCCAUGACAUUCCGCUUUUUGAUAGCAUCAUUUCUGACCUUUUCCCUGGGGUUAUUGUGCCAACUCCUGACCAUGGCAGUCUGGAAGUGUCCAUCAGGGAAAUCACCAGGAAAAUGAAUCUACAGCCAGUCCCUUGCUUCAUCAAGAAGAUAAUACAAAUAUAUGAAAUGAUGCUAGUGCGACAUGGAUUUAUGCUGAUUGGAAGUCCACUUGGGGGAAAAACAUCUGCGCUUAAGGUCCUUGCAGGAGCUCUGAAAGACUUGGAAACAAAAGGCCUAAUGGAUGAACAUGGAGUGGACUAUAUAUUUAUUAAUCCAAAAGCUAUCACAAUAGGACAGUUGUACGGCAGCUUUGAUCCAGUUUCUCAUGAGUGGAUUGAUGGUAGGUCUUUAUCAUAUCACUGCUAUAAAAAAAUAUACAUGCUCGCCACUUUAGCAAUUAUGUCUAGCAGCAGAUGCUUUUUUUAUAAAGUCAACAUCCACCAGUUGUUUGGAAAAUGUCAUUUAUUUCAGUGGGUAACCAGGGCUUGAGUCACAUUAUACAGAAAAGAGCUGCUUCAAUAAAAAGGCAAAAUGUAGGUGUGUCAGUUCUAAAGCCUUUCUUCACCCGAAGACUUGAAAAAGUUGAGUUUACAUUUUGGGGGUUAUAGAGGAGCCCUCUGGUAUUGUGAAAUACCUGGAAUGCAAUGCCAAACAAGGACCUUUUA